UAUUAACAAAAAUUUAUUAUCAUAAAAAAAAAAUGGAAUCAUAAAGAUUAUUUUCUCUCUUUUACUAAUUUUAUCAAUUCUUUAAGAUUUUCUUCUACGGAACUAAUCCUAUUCGUUAUAUCAUUUAUCUUUUCUUCUAAAUUAUUUUGACAAUCUUUCAACUUUUGUUUUUCUUUACUUUUACUUAUUUUACCAUCAUUUACAAAUAAUUCUUCCUCUUCUAUAUUAGAUAUUGAUGUAUCCCCUCUAUAAUGAUGUUUUUGAUGUUUUUCAUCAAAAUCAUCAUCAUCAUCAUCAAUUUCAUCAAUAUAAUCAUCAUCAUCAUCAGUUUCGUCAUCCUCAAAUUUAUGAAAACGAUCUAAUAAUGAUUUAUGUGUUUUCUUAUAUUUUUCAGCUUUUGCUAACCAUUCUUCUUGACUUUCCAAACUACCUACAUAAUAAAUAUAUCUUGGAUUUCCCCUUGUAUUACCAAAUGGUUUUUCUAUCGCUUCAUAUUCUGCUAUUAAAUCUGCUCGAAAUUUUAAUACUGCUUGUUUAACAUUAGAUUUUGUUUCAUCAAAUACACCUCUUAAAGGAAAAAAAAAAAAAAAAUGAA